AUGAACAAAUACCAUAUAGAAAUACUAGCGCUACAAGAAACAAGGUGGAAAGAGGAGGGUGUUGGAGCCUUAAAGGACGUGGCCGUGACAAUACCUCAAGCAGCGAAAAUUAUGGACACUGUGACGCUUCAGUGCAAAUACGAUCUGGAAGGAGAGCCUCUGUACACCGUCAAAUGGUAUAAAGGGACAAAGGAGUUUUUCAGAUACAUCCCCAAGGAGCAUCCCAACACGCAGGUUUUCCUGCUACCCGGAAUGGAUGUUGAUCUAAGCAAGAGCACAGAGAACGAGGUCGUGCUAAGAAAUGUGCAGCCCGAAAUGUCUGGUCGAUACAAAUGCGAAGUUUCCACGGACUCCCCCAACUUCUACACACAAAUCGUGACUGGUUAUAUGUACGUAAUUGACGUACCGCAGGAAGACCCCACGAUGAUAAUUGAAAAAGAUCCGCUGGAAAUUGGAUACACAAUAAAGGGGAACUGCACAUCCCCACCCUCGUAUCCACGUGUCAAUAUCACGUGGUUUCUCAACGGAAAAAAGGUACAGUAA